UAUAACUAUAUUAGGACUUCGAGUAUCUCAACCAUGGAUGCAACACACCAAAAAUGUACAGCAAUGUUUUAAGCAAAGAUCCGAUAAACAUAGAGGCAAAUUUCGUCUCCCCAAAUGUCUCAGGUACCAUUACAACACUAGCUGGUGCGACGUAUGAAAACAAAACAGUCAUUAUUUUUGGAACUUCUGCAGGGAUCAUAUCACAGGCAGUUUUGCUGCAAAACUAUUCGAUCUUAGAAAACUACAAGAUGACAGUAGAUCUUGGUAAUGAAAUCAAGAAAAUAUAUGCCAUUGGUGAAGAGACCGUGUAUGUAAUGAGCAGUAAAAGAGUAGUAAAGUAUGCGACAACUAAUUGUUCUGAAUUUGAGUCAUGUGAAGACGUGAUGAAAGGUAAACACCCCUUGUGCGGCUGGUGCGUUUAUAAAGAAAGAGCUACACGGCGGCAUGUAUGUUCCAACAAUACCAAUCAUUGGAUAUCGUCGUUUGAAAAUUGUUUGACAAUGUCUGUGGCGCCAAAUGCAGUACCUUUAUCGGUAGCAUCAAACUCUUCAAACACCAGGAUCAUUAUUAAGAUGAAAGACAUUCCAUUGAGGGAAUUGGGUGAUGCAUAUCUCUGUCUAUUUUCAAUGCAUUCCAACAUAUAUAUCACAAAUGCAGAAGACCUAGAUUAUUCAACAUUGUCCUGCUCUUUGCCGAUUAUUUCAGUUCAUGGUAAUGUGAGGAUAAAGCUUCUGGUAAAGACACUAACAGGACUCGAGACAACACUGUCGUCUGCUUCAAUUCAAAUCUAUGACUGCAGAAAAUAUAAAAGGUGUAUGGAAUGUAUAAAUACUGAAUUCGUCCAGUGCAAUUGGUGUGGUCAAGAUGCAAGUUGUGAAGAACCAAACUCUGGAUGUCCUAGACCAAUUUCUAUUAUUAGUGAAUGUCCACACCUACUGAAUAACAAAGGGAACUUCCUACCAUUAGGGACAAGAUCAGUUUUAUCUUUUCGAAUUGCAAAUGCUAUAAAUUCCACAGGUGUGAUCUACAGAUGUAUGCUACAAGGUUCUGAGAGCGUAAUGGCAACAUUGAAAGGUGAUUUUUUAUCAUGCCGUAUGCAGGUUUCGCAGAUUACCCAUCGGAAGAAAAAAGAGAAGCUAAAGAUAGUUAUCACAUAUGGACCAAGAAUCGACUCCUUUGCCGAAAUAGAUGAUCUUUUUGUGAAUUCAGUAACGGUAUACAGAUGUGAACAAAUGGCUUUAGAUUGCAGUCAUUGCCAGGCGUUAAACAAAUUACUUUACAGCUGUUAUUGGGGUACAAACAAUAAAUGUGUUCACAAUGGUGCGUACCGUGUAUCAAAUUGUUCGUCACCAAACAUAACAGAGAUAACACCGACAACUGGUCCCAUCUAUGGUGGUACCUAUGUAACUAUCUACGGGAGUAAUUUAGGUACAACAAUGCUGGACAUUGAAACCAUAACAGUUGCUAACGUGACCUGUGAUCUGAUGAACGAUACAACAAUAGAAUCUGAUCCAGAUUUUGAAUCUCUUGAGCAAUCUAGGUAGGAAUGGUGGUUUUCAUAAAAACCUAAGUAAACCAAAACAAUUAGAUUCUCACUUAAGAAAUAAAAUACACUUAAAGUUAAGUUGCAACUUU